AUGGGCUCAGAAACCCCUUUAAAGCUUCCUGUCAUUGACGUUACUAACCUCAGCUUGGAAGUCAACGGUCCAAAGUGGGAGGCAGUGAAAUCCCAAGUGCACAAUGCACUAAUAGAGUAUGGUUGCUUUGAAGCAAUUUAUCAUAAAGUUCCUUUAGACCUUCUCAAAGCCAUGUUUGCUGCUAUAAAGGAGCUAUUUGAUCUCCCCCUACAAACCAAGCAACUCAAUGUGUCUCAGAAGCCAUAUCAUGGUUAUUUUGGGCAACAUUCUAUGGUUCCACUUUUUGAGAGCAUGGGCAUUGAUGAUGCAAAUGUCUAUGAGAAAGUAGACAACAUGACCAACACUUGGUGGCCUAAUGGAAACCCAAGUUUUAGCAAAACUAUACAAUCCUACUCUGAGCAGCUAUCAGAGUUAGAUCAGAUUAUUAGGAAGAUGAUUUUGGAGAGCUUGGGUGUUGAGAAGUACUUCGAGGAACACGUGAACACAUCCAAUUAUGUUCUCAGGGUUAUGAAGUACGAAAGUCCUCAAAACAAUGACACAGAGGUAGGACUCAGCGAGCACACAGACAAGAGUAUAAUGACCAUAUUGUACCAAAAUGAAGUGGAGGGUUUAGAGGUUAUGACCAAAGAUGGAAAAUGGAUAAGCUGCAAGCCUUCCUCGAACAGUUUCGUUAUUGUGAUUGGUGACUCACUCCAUGCAUGGUCAAACGGCAGGGUGCCUCAGCCGUUUCACAGAGUGGUGAUGAGUGGGGAUGAGGCAAGGUACUCCGUAGGGCUGUUCUCUGCUCCCAAAGGAGGGAACCUUGUAAAAGCCCCAGAGGAGCUGGUUGACGAAGAACACCCUCUGCUCUUCAAGCCUUUUGAUCCUAUUGACUUCUUCAAUUAUACUUCCACUGAAAAAGGCAUGAGAGAUCAGACUCCUCUGCACACUUUCUGUGGUGUUUGA